AUGAAGACAAGUGUGACAAUAAAAAAACAGUUGAGGGAGACCCUGAGUGAAAUUACGAGGAAACUUGAAGAGAGAAAGAAGAAACUGAAGGAGAUGAGGAGUGCGGUGGAACAGAUGAAGGUACCAGUGGAAAGAGACGUAGAAGAAAAUGGGAAGAGCUUUGCUGAUCUGAUCUGUUGCAUUGAAGAAGCCCAGAAGAAACUGGGUGAGAGGAUCAGAGAGCAAGAGAAGAGGGAAACAGAGAUGGCUGAAGGAGUUGUGGUACAACUAGAGAAGGAGAUUGAGGAGCUGAAGAAGAGAGAAGAUGAGCUGAAGGAGCUUUCAAACACCAAGGAUCACAUCCGCACACUGCAGACUUUCUCAUCUCGCUGUGUCCUUCCUGCUGAUGGAGACUCACUCAGCUUCACUGUCAUGGCUGAUUUCUCUUCUGAGGGCCUGAGAAAGGAGCUGUCAAGUCUGAAAAAGAGUCUGGAGAAAAUCAGCCAGUGGGUCACCGUGACAGUGACAUCAGGAUAUGAAGCUCCACUUUUUGCCCUACAGCCCCCUGAACCUCGGAGCAGAGAAGAGUUUUUACAAUACUUCUGUCCCCUCACACUGGACAUCAACACGGCACAAAGCGAGCUCCAUCUGUCUGAGCGGAACAAGAAAGUGACCCGUGUUGUGCCAAAGGCCGAAUAUCCUGAUCAUCCUGACAGAUUUGACUGCUGGCACCAGGUUCUGUGCAGAGAGGCUCUGACUGGGACUCGCUGUUACUGGGAGGUGGAGUGCAGUAAGCGCUGGGUGAGGAUUGGAGUCGCAUAUAAAGGACUGAGCAGGAAAGGGAAGGGCAUGGAGUGUGGCCUUGGAAUGAACGACAAGUCAUGGAGUUUGUGGUGCUGUGAUUCCCAAUAUUCCAUGUGUCACAAUUUCAAGCAGACUUACAUCAGCGCCCCCUACAGCCCCAGAAUAGGCGUGUAUCUAGACUGGUCUGCUGGCUCGCUGUCAUUUUAUAGCGUCUCACACACAAUGACCCUCCUGCACAGGUUCAACACCUCCUUCACUGAGCCGCUCUAUCCAGGGGUUAUGCUUUGGUUUAACUCGAGUGUAACAAUAUGUGAUCUGACACCAGGUGACCAUUGA